UCACGUCCUCUCUCUCUCUCUUGAGUCUUCUUCCAUCACUCUUCAGAAAAAGGAAAACGAACAAAAGAACAAAAAAAAAAAAAAGUUGUCCCAUUGGAGAAAUGGGACUCUUGUAGAGAUUCUUGAGAGAUAAGUUUUGGUUCUGAAAGAUCAAAGAUGAUGAUGGUUAGAUAUACACUCGCAUGUCUUCUCAUUUUCUCUUUUGGUCUCACUUCUUCCUCUGCUCGUCAAGCACCAUAUGCCUUGCGGAUUAGCUGUGGAGCUAGACAAAACAUUAAAACACCACCAACUUACGUACUCUGGUACAAAGACAUUGCCUACACUGGAGGAGUACCUGCGAAUGCAACCUCGCCUAGUUACAUAACUCCUCCCUUGAAAACCCUUCGUUACUUCCCAAUCUCCGAAGGUCCAAACAACUGCUACAACAUCGUGCGAGUGCCAAAGGGACACUACUCGGUUCGGAUCUUCUUCGGAGUGGUUAACCUUCCCAACUUCGACAAAGAGCCUCUCUUCGACAUAUCCAUCGAAGGCACUCAGAUAUACUCUUUAAAAUCCGGUUGGAGUAGUCACGAUGACCAAGUCUUCGCUGAAGCUCUCAUUUUCCUCACGGGAGGGACAUCUACCAUCUGUUUCCAUAGUACUGGUCACGGAGAUCCCGCUAUCCUCUCUAUUGAGAUUCUCCAAGUUGAUGACAAGGCUUACAGCUUCGCAGAAGGUUGGGGACAAGGAGUGAUUCUGAGAACAGCCACGAGGUUGAGUUGUGGUACUGGGAAGCCGAGGUUUGGUGAGGAUUAUCGUGCAGAUCAUUGGGGUGGUGAUAGGUUUUGGAAUCCCAUGAGGUCUUUUGGGAAAGGUGCUGACUCUCCGAGAUCGACUGAGAAUACUAUCAAGAAAGCUUCCGUCUCGCCUAACUUUUAUCCUGAAGGGUUGUAUCAGUCUGCACUGGUUAGCACGGAUGAUCAGCCUGAUUUGACUUAUAGUAUUGAUGUGGAGCCUAACAGAAACUAUUCGGUGUGGAUGCACUUUGCUGAGAUUGAUUCUACGGUCACUGCCGAGGGGAAAAGAGUGUUUGAUGUUGUUAUAAACGGUGAUACUUUCUUUGAAGAUGUUGAUGUUAUAAAGAUGAGUGGUGGGAGAUACACGGCGCUUGUUCUCAAUGCGACGGUGACUGUGAGUGGAAGAACUUUGACAAUCGUUUUACAGCCUAAGGGAGGUGGUCAUGCGAUUAUUAAUGCCAUUGAAGUCUUUGAGAUCAUUACCGCUCAGUUUAAGACGUUAAGGGAUGAAGUGAGUGCGUUACAGAAAAUGAGAAAAGCUUUGGGGCUUCCUUCAAGGUUUGGAUGGAAUGGUGAUCCAUGUGUUCCCCCAGAACAUCCCUGGAGCGGAGCUGAUUGUCAGCUGGACAAGAACACCAGCAGAUGGGUCAUCGACGGACUUGAUCUUGAUAACCAAGGUCUGAAGGGUUACUUACCAAACGACAUAUCAAAGCUGAAACAUCUUCAGAGCAUAAACUUGAGUCAAAACAGCAUUCAUGGAGGAAUACCUGCAUCGCUUGGAAGCAUUAGGAGCUUGGAAGUUUUGGACCUCUCCUACAAUUCUUUCAAUGGAUCUAUCCCUGAAACCAUAGGAGAGCUAACUUCGCUGCGGAUUCUGAACCUCAAUGGAAACUCUUUGUCAGGAAAGGUACCAGCAGCUGUAGGUGGAAGACUGCUGCACAGAGCAAGCUUCAACUUCACAGAUAACGCAGGUCUUUGCGGGAUCCCGGGGCUUCCAUCUUGCGGGCCUCAUCUUACUUCAGGAGCUAAGAUCGGGAUUGCGUUUGGUGUCAGUAUAGCGUUCUUAUUGCUCGUUUUAUGUGCAAUGAUAUGGUGGAAGAGACGACAAAACAUUCUUAGAGCACAGCAUAUUGCAGCGAGAGGAGCUCCAUAUGCAAAGAAGAGAACCCAUGUAUCUCAUGACAUUCAAAUGACACGGAACGGGAAUAACAAUAAUAACCAUGGCCAAGCACGUACUGCUGUCGAAAAUGGACCGAGCUUGUUGUCCUGAUCCCACUUCUGUUGAAAUCUGGUUUAUAUACAUCAACACGAAUCCCAAACGUAGCAAGGGACAAACAUGUUCAUAGUCGUGUCUACCACAUUGGUCGUCAUCAGAAGGAAACAACAGAGAGAGAGAGAGAGAGGGAUAGACCCUUGUUCACUUAGUCUGGCUCAGUGCAGAGAAGGAAGACAGUUGUAAAUCGUGGGUUUAAACAAGUUCUAGAUAUUUGUUUUUUUUCUUGUUUUUUUUGUGGGAUUAGUACUCUUUUGUAUCUUUUUGUCUGGUGGGAGUUUAGAGAAAACUAGAACAUAACUAAACAUUUAAAUAUAUUUUACACAUUCAGUUUUUAUUGCUAAA